AUGAGAUAUACAUUUAUUUUAUUUAUUAUUGGUUUAGUAUUAACUAAAAAUAUAUUUGAUUUGGAGAAAUUAAAAUUAGGUGUAGAAGAUUCAAAAAAAUUACAAGAACAAGCAGAAGAAUCAAAUCAGAAGAGAAAGAAUACAUUCAAUUUAGAGAGCUUGAAAAUUGGUAAAUCAGAUAAAUUCAAACGUAAAAAUACUUUUAAACCAGUGGAUUUUACAAUCGAUAAAAGAAAAAACACAUUCAAUCCAUCAGACUUCAAAAUAGAUAAAAGAAAAAACACAUUCAAUCCAUCAGAUUUUAAAAUAGAUAAAAGAAGUCAAGAUAUUUUAUCAAUGAAUAACAUUCUUACUACUGUUCUUCCACAAUUGAAAUCAAUAUCAAUUUUUACUUCUUACUUAAGAGAUGAUGUUAAUUUAAACAACAAAUUCGAAACCGAAGAUUCAAUCUUGAUAAUUGCUCCAACUGAUGAAGCAAUCUCAAAUCUCUGUCUUAAACCAUGGGAAUUUCCAAAAGAAAUAAAGGGUGACGAUAAAGAAGAAAAUGAAUUAGUUAACUUCAAUAUUGAGCAUUUUAUUGCUGGUCAUAUGAGUACUACAUUUUCUAAUAUUGAUGAUGUUACAUUAGAUAAUGGAAAGCAAAUUAAUGUUGUUUUUGAUGGGACCAAUUAUGGUAUUCAGGUUGAGAAUGAUGUUGUUAUUGAUGUGAUUUAUGCUGAAAAGGUCAAGAAUGGUAUUAUUUUAAUUAUUAAUGAUACUUUAGUUAAACCAAAUUAG